AAAUGGAUUCUGCUUUAUCACUCAAGCUUCUCAUCCGCAGAGAUACAUCGAUUCACUCUGGCUUCUGAUUCCAGCUAUUUGGAUUCCUUAUUACGUUCUUAAUCCUGUUUCUUUCUGCUGCCUUCUUCUGAUUCUGCCGUGUUACGCGACGUUGAUUGGAUUUCGGGAUUCAAUUCUUUUCGCUCCCCAAAUUGCAUCGUUCUUCAGCCGCGAUCGUUCAACUUCUACUCUGCCUACCAGUUUCGUUCGGUCUGAAACAAGCAGGAACUGUUUUCCUGCCUUCAGGUCGUGUAUGGUGAUCUCUGACAAGAUUAAUCAAGUUAGCUGAGUAACAGAAGUGGUUUGGCGGGACUAUGGAGGCCAACUUAGGACAUUUGCAGUAUCUAUCAGUCCGGAUUGAUUCCGGAAUGUUUGUGACGAAACCGAGUGGUUCGGUCCGAUUUCUUCAGCCAAUUUCUGAUCAGCACAAGCCUCUACCUCUGGUUUCAGCUUUUCAGCAACCUCUGAGACUUCCGAAUCGAUGCAGGACGGUGUCUUUUGGGGCCUCCUGCUAUCGUGAGAAUAUUUCAGGGCUGACAUUGGAAACUGAAAACUUUCAUCCUUUCGACAAAGAUCUCCUUCUGAAGAACAAGUCACAUGAGGUCCAGCCCCAUCUAAAUGGACGAUGCAUAUAUCUAGUUGGAAUGAUGGGUUCUGGAAAGACAACCAUAGGCAAGAUUUUGGCGAAAGAAUUGAGUUACACAUUUUCCGACAGUGAUACAUUGGUGGAGCAGGAAGUUGGUGGAACUUCAGUGGCAGAAAUUUUCAAGCUUCAUGGCGAGGGCUUUUUCAGAGAUAAGGAGACUGAGGUAUUGAGAAAACUAUCAUUGAUGCACGGGUUUGUUAUUUCCACUGGUGGAGGUAUUGUUGUUCGGCCUAUUAACUGGAAAUAUAUGCAGAAGGGGAUUAGCAUCUGGCUAGAUGUGCCGUUGGAAGCUUUGGCAAAAAGAAUUGCUGCAGUGGGUACCGACUCUCGCCCCCUCUUGCACCAUGAGUCAGGCAAUGCCUACACAAAGGCUUUCAGGCGAUUGUCAAUUCUUCAGGAGGAGAGGGGUGAUGCAUAUACCAACGCCAAUGCCAAAGUUUGUUUAGGAAGUCUUGCAGCCAAGCUGGGGUUUUCAGAUGUAUGUAAUCUGACGCCUGCAGAUAUUGCUUUAGAGGCGCUUGUACAAAUUCAAACAUUCCUAGAACAGGAAGAUGGUUAUUCUACUAGUUAAGACUGCAAAUGUUCAAUAUCCAGAGCCUUAAGCCUCUCAAGCAUGGAAGAAAGCCUUGCUUCUACUCAUGGCAAUUGUAUAAUAUGAGUGGUAAGUACUUCUUUGAACUUGAUGAUCCGGUGUGAAUAACAUCUCAAAUUAUGUCGAUGUUAGAAGUGCAUCUCUGUAAAUUUUGUGGUCGAUCAAACUUGUGUGUACAUGCACAUAGUGUGUGUGACUAUUGCAUUAUUUGAAGAUUGUUGUUUGAUUAUCAUCGUAUUUCUGCAUGCAUGUAAAAUAUUCCAUUGCAUCUGAAGUAAGCAGCAUUGUUUGAUUAC